CUCACAAUAAGCAUGCAAACCAGCCCCCACUUCUUCACCUUCCAUUAAUCUCCUCUGAUCUAUCCUAUCUCAUCUCUUCUUCAACUCCCCUGUCAUGUAUAAAUACUCCUUCCCCAUCUUCCUGCUUCAUCAAAAAACCCAAUACUCUCUCAUUUUAUACAAACACACAUAUACAAACAUGGCUGCUUCCGGGUUUGAAGGGUUCGAGAAGAGGCUGGAGCUACACUUCUCCGUCGACGAUCCGGUGGCCGCUACCGGAGGGCUCCGGAGGCUGAGCUUCGAGGCGUUGGGGGAGGUGCUGUGUGCGGUGCAGUGCACUGUGGUCGCCGCGGUGGGGAACCAGUACUUUGACUCCUACGUUCUUUCCGAGUCGAGUCUCUUUGUCUACCCCACCAAGAUCAUCAUCAAGACGUGCGGGACCACCCAGCUGCUGAAAUCCGUCCGUCCGAUGACCUAUUUCGCAGCGAGGGUGGGCCUCACAUUGUCCCAAUGUAGGUAUACUAGGGGAAACUUUAUUUUCCCCAAAGCCCAACCUUACCCUCACACAAGCUUCAAUGAUGAGGUCAUGUACUUGGAAGAUGAAUUGCCUAGCCAUCUUUGCUAUAGGAAGGCCUCAAUCUUGCCAUCAACGUCCACCGCACAUUCGUGGCACGUUUUCUGUGCCACGAAUGACUGGACCAGCAUGGGGAUGGAACAAUCGGACUCGAGUAACGUAGUGUUGGUUGAAGUUUGCAUGACUGAGCUUGACCGUGCGCUGGCCUGCAAGUUCUUUGCAAGAGCUGACACAUUGGGGAAGGACAUGACGAAUGCGAGUGGCAUUCGUCACAUCAACCCCAACGCUGUCGUGUGCGACUUCGCGUUCCACCCGUGCGGGUACUCUAUGAACGGCAUCGAAAACGACCGCUACUCCACCAUCCACGUGACGCCCGAGGACGGAUUCAGCUACGCGAGCUUCGAGUGCGUGUGGGACCCGCGCGACGGCGACAUUGCCCGAGUCCUGGAGAAGGCGGCGCGGGUCUUUCGGCCUGGGGUGAUGUCGGUGGCGAUCACGUGCAAUGGCGGAAACAACGAAGCGUGGAACGCGGUGGCCAAAGCCGUGGAGGGCGGCCUCGGGAUGAAGUGCCGGAGUUGCGUGGCGGACGAGUUUCCGGCGGCCGGGAAAGUGACGUUUCAAACGUACGUGGCUCGCCGGAAGUGAGGCGUGCAUGUGCAUGGCAUGCAGACAUGUGAUGGAAUAUUAUAUGAUGGGAAAAUGUGCGCGAGGCUUAUUCCUUCAUCAUGAUGUAUAAUGAUAUGAUGCAUCCCAUUUGCAAUAUAUACUCCAUAAAUGUUUUGUCACGCC